AUGGAAAAUCCCCAAGAAGAACACUGGGUUGCAGUUAAGCGUAUCUUUCGCUGCCUACAAGGCACCAAGACGCAUGGAAUUUGCUACAAGCCAAGUGCAAGGAUCGACUUCCGUAGAUAUUCGGAUGCGGAUUGGGCUGGUGAUCUUACCGACCGCAAGUCAACAUCGGGGUACACGUUCAUGCUACUCGGUGCGCCAGUGAGUUGGGGCAGCAAGAAGCAGCCAAGUGUUUCGUUGUCCACGACUGAAGCUGAAUACAUCGCACUCAGCUUGGCGAUUCAAGAGGGCAAGUGGAUUCAUGGUCUGCUUUGUGAGAUCGUGAUGGCUGCCAAUGAAGAAGGACCGGAACUCAUGAUUCAUGAAGACAAUCAGUCAUGUAUCAAGAUGACGAAGAACCCGGUCAACCACGGCCGUGCCAAGCACAUUGAUAUCAAGUACCAUCACAUCCGUGAUGAGGUCAAGCGCGGUGAAGUGAAGCUCAAGUACUGUGAAACUGCGGUGAUGUUAGCGGACAUCAUGACGAAGGGACUUCAUGGACCACGCCACAAGGAGAUGACGACGGCUCUCGGGAUUCGUGAGCAUUCGGAUUGA